AUGCCUAGCGCCACGGGACAGAACUGGGAGAAGUACCAGAAGAACUUCGCGGACGAUGAGGAGCCAGAGAAGAAGAUCACACCCCUGACAGAUGAUGAUAUCGCGGUACUCAAGACCUACGGCGCUGCCCCCUACGCAAACGCGCUCAAGAAGCUCGAGAAGGAUAUCAAGGAUAAACAAGCAAGCGUCAACGAGAAGAUUGGUGUGAAGGAAUCCGACACUGGUCUUGCACCUCCACAUCUCUGGGAUGUUGCUGCUGAUCGACAACGGAUGGCCGAGGAGCAGCCACUUCAAGUAGCUCGCUGUACGAAGAUUAUUUCAGAUGAGAAGGACUCAGACAAGAGCAAAUAUGUCAUCAACGUCAAGCAGAUCGCCAAAUUCGUUGUCAACCUAGGAGAGCGCGUGAGUCCGACAGAUAUUGAAGAGGGCAUGCGAGUCGGUGUCGACCGGAAUAAGUACCAGAUUAUGCUCCCUCUUCCUCCCAAGAUCGAUCCUAGUGUGACGAUGAUGACAGUCGAGGAUAAGCCUGAUGUGACCUACGGUGAUGUCGGUGGUUGCAAGGAGCAAAUUGAGAAGCUACGAGAAGUUGUGGAAAUGCCUUUGGUGCCUUGCUAUACGGUCCCCCCCGGUACUGGUAAAACUCUUUGUGCCCGUGCUGUGGCCAACCGAACCGAUGCCACUUUCAUUCGUGUUAUUGGAAGUGAGUUGGUGCAGAAGUAUGUUGGUGAAGGUGCUCGUAUGGUUCGAGAACUGUUUGAGAUGGCUCGCACCAAGAAGGCCUGUAUCAUUUUCUUCGAUGAAAUUGAUGCUGUCGGUGGAGCUCGUUUUGAUGAUGGUGCCGGUGGUGACAAUGAAGUUCAGCGAACUAUGCUGGAACUGAUUACACAACUGGACGGUUUCGAUGCCCGUGGUAACAUCAAGGUCAUGUUCGCUACUAACCGGCCAUCAACCUUGGAUCCUGCGCUGAUGCGACCUGGUCGUAUUGAUCGUAAGAUCGAAUUCUCUCUUCCCGAUGUUGAGGGACGUGCCAAUAUUCUGCGUAUUCACGCCAAGAGCAUGUCUGUUGAGCGGGAUAUUCGAUGGGAGCUGAUUUCCCGACUAUGCCCCAACGCAACCGGUGCUGAGCUGCGCAGUGUUGCUACUGAGGCUGGUAUGUUCGCAAUCCGUGCUCGACGAAAGGUUGCGACCGAGAAGGAUUUCCUGGCAUCGGUAGAGAAGGUUAUCAAGGGUAACUUGAAGUUCAACUCAACAGCCACGUACAUGCAGUACAACUAG